CCAAAAUGUAAACAGUGUCAAGGUCAUAUUUAUGAACGCGCGUGUUUUGACAGUCAGUGAGUCAGUUCGUGUGUACGCUGUCAGUACAUUUAACAGCCGUCACCGUGAUGGCACACAUAAAGAUUAGAUCACAGUAGACAACAAGCCAGACCCGGAUGCGAUGGAAGACAAAAUUUACAUCCCAGUGAGCGGAGUGAAAGUUUCAGAUUUGUUUGAUUGGUCAGACCCUGUACAGAAGUGUAGACAAAAGACAGUUGUUGUGCAGCGAGGUCUCAUGAGGCAGACCAGUCAGACUGGAUCUGUUGUUGAGUGUAAUGACGAGAAGAUUGCCCUGUUCAGAUACCAUCGGCAGGUGUACGCCAUCAGGGAACGGUGCCCACAUGCAGGUGGCCCCCUCCACUUGGGGGACAUUGAGGAUCUACCCGGGGGAGGGUUGUGUGUCCGCUGUCCCUGGCAUAGUUGGCAAUUUGACCUUGACACUGGACAGGUCAAGAUGCCCAAAGGAAGAAAAGUAACUGCCCAAGUGUUCCCAGUGAGAGUAAAACCUGAUGGCAGUUUGUUGAUUGGUUUUGAUAAAUUUGCAGAUGUCUAUUUCAGUAUUGAAACAGAGUUUUAAUGCUGCAAUUUGUUAGUGCUGUAUUCGAUUGAUCACCAUUCAUUUGUUUACUAUAUUCAUUCGAGGCAUUUACUUGAUGAUACCAGUAUUUUUAGUCUAUUCUAUGUUUUCACCAGUUUUCUGGAUAAGGGCAGAUGUGAUAAUUUUUUAGGGCUGCAAAUGAAUGAUAUUUGGUCAAGUUGCUGGAAACGCAUAUAUAUAUUUCACCUGGCAUACUGAUGAUUGUGUUAUCAAUCUGUGGAAGUGGUCUACUAUAUUUCACGAUAGAAUUUGACUACAAGACAAGUAUUAUCUUAAACAUUUCCUAAAAUCCUGUUUAUUGUGUUUGUUGGAUGCUAAACCGUCACAAGAUGUCGAGGUUGGAUGACUCACAGUCAAUAAAGUCUCCGAGCCUGACCACCAUCUGGAGAUUAGAUAAUUAUUCACUUACAGCUGCAAAACCAGGAUUUUCUUCAUUAAAAUUAUGAGCCUGAAUAUUAUUUUAAGAAAAACACCUUGCAACAAUGUAAUUUAAGUUUUUUCUUUCAACAGUCUGAGGUAUAGUUAUUUUUUUCAAGAAUUUUCUAGGAUAAUUUUGUGUGUGGAUAUAGUCCCAACCCCUCUAACAUUCAGUUAUGUUAAAUGGUCGGUCCCUAACCUGGAAUCCCCAUGAUGGCCUAUUUGAUAUUCAUGCAGCAACUUCAUAACUUAACAUUAAUAGAUGUUUAGAAUUAGUUUUUUAUUGAUGGUGCUUCACAAUAUGUUAAUGUGUUACAAUGUCUUAAAAUUUAUUGAUAUUGAUAUUAUUACCAGCAGUGCUGGAUGUGAACGUAAUUCUAAUUUUUCAAAAAAACAUACAUUGUUCAACUGAAGACUCUCCAGAUGGACUGCACAGUCACCCAGGGUGCCACAACUUUGUGCCCCUUACCUUCAACAGCUUGCCUUGCAAGUGUGUCCCUUUGCAGGAAGGACUUUCGGAUCAUGGAUACAAAGGCCAGAUUGCCCAGAUCAUGAUCCUUGGUCUGACAACAGCAUUCCUGUGCUUGUUGGUUUCACCAAAGUGGUAAAUGUUAAAGAAUUAUAUCCUGAUAUCAAUUUAAGGCUUUUCUCCCAAUUUUUUUCAUAUUGCUAAAGGUCAUCUAAGGAGCUGCUAUUCACUUUGUCAAGUUGUGUCCCUCUUGCAUGCUGGAAAUCCUGGUUUUCCCUACCUAUGGGUCCAGGUUUGUCAGCACCAUACCCGUGCUCCUCGGUUUCACCUAUGUGGUAAAGGUCUGAGACCUGCAUCACCUCGGUCUUUCCUUCCACAUUAAGCUGACAUGCUGUGAUAUAACUGGAAUACUGUUGAAAGCGGUGUUAAACUUAACUCACUCUCUUCUACAUAUUACUGAAAUACAGUUCAAAAGGCUUUCGCUUUUACUCAUAACUCAUUUUGAUAAUAAAUUAUCUCACAUUGUUUAAUGGCUAUCAUUUCUGAAAGAUGAUAAGAUAUUUUGCUUGGGAAAUGUAAGUUUUUUGGUGAACUGACCUUGACCUCUAGUCUUUGAAUAUACCUCAUGCUGAUGCUGUGGUGUACAGUUUUCUUUGUUUUAUGUUUUUACUCUCAGUUCUAUUUCGCUCACACACAAAAGUUUCUCUUACACAUGGGUGUAUUUAGAUGCCAUGUUGGUCAGGAUGAAGAAAUUAUUUAUUAAUAUUGUGACAUUGAUAGUUACGGGUACUGACCUUGAUGAAACUAUAUAUAUAGUUUGUAUAUGUGUUUUAUGCUAAUUUAUUAUGAAAUGACCCUUGAUUAUAAAUAGAAAUAUGUAAUGGAUGGAUGCCGUAAUAUUACAUAUUACAAGUAUUCUUUUGUAUACCAUAUCAUGUUAUUUGAACACAUUAUUUGCGCUGUCACAAUUAAAGUUCCUAUGCUGAGGAACAUUGACAGAAAUUAUUAUAUUCUUGAAAGUUACAGUGAGCAGCAAAACCUGGUCAUCUUGGUACUAUACUGCUUCCUUUUAUCAGUUAUUGUUUCAUUUAUUUACAGCCAAUAUAUUUUUAGUACAUCUGUCUUCGUUUUAUGAGAAACAUUUAUCAAAAUAUUGUCAAGAUAAAUCUUUUUUUACGUUAGUGAAAUUACAUGAUUUUUUACUUUUUUAAAAUUGUUGUUACAUAUUAGACUGUUAAAUAUACAUGAGAUGUUACGACCUUUUACAGUAGUGAAGAGGCUGUGCCAAUCAUUUUUAGUUAACAUACCUUUAGAAUUGGAUUUAUGAUUGAAAUUCAAGAACCAGAUAGCAUAAAUGAGAGAGUUGUAUUAAGGGUUUUGGUGUGUUUAUCAAUGUGAUGAUCUAUGUACAUAUAUAUGUUAUUUAGUCAUGACCUGGGUUUGUCCCUCAUAUGGGUAUCCAGAAUAAAAUUGAUAUAAAAGUGAAUUAAAAAUUGUC